GAUUUACCCGAUCCGAACCCGAACGGGUACCCGAACGCCCAGGCCUACAUCUCAUCUUCUUCUUCAUUCACCCGAUCGAGAGAAGAGAAUCAUCAAUGGCGGAAGAUCUGGUUCUCGACACGGCGAUCAGAGACUGGGUUUUGAUCCCUCUCUCAGUCGUGAUGGUUCUCAUUGGUGUUCUCCGCUACUUCGUCUCCAAGCUCAUGCGUUCGUCUCCGACUCCCGAUGCGAAGAUGGUCAAAGAAGGACAAGUUGUGAUUAGGGCUCGGAAUCUCAAGGCCGGUGCCAAUUUCAUCCCGCCUAAGUCGUUCCGAGCUCGGAGAUUCUACUUCAGCAACGAGGAAAAUGGAUUGUUGCAUGUUCCAAAGGACCAAGCUCAGAACCCACAAGCUCAGAUGUUUUCUGAUCCUAACAUGGCCAUGGAUAUGAUGAAGAAAAAUUUGUCAAUGAUUAUACCGCAGACGCUCACUUUUGCAUGGGUCAACUUCUUCUUCUCUGGAUUUGUUGCAGCCAAAAUACCAUUUCCCCUGACUCAAAGAUUCAGGUCAAUGUUACAGAACGGUAUUGACUUGAGCACUGUCGAUGUUAGCUAUGUGAGCAGCCGUUCAUGGUACUUCUUGAACUUGUUUGGAUUAAGAGGUUUAUUCAGCCUCAUUCUUGGAGAUGAAAAUGUAUUCUUUCUUAUGCAGCAAUUGAUGAUACACAAAGAAUGAUGCAAAUGGGUGGAUUUGGUUUUGAUGCAUCAAAGAGCUUGAGCGCAGAAAAGGAUGGUCUCGACAUUAUUCAACAUGAAUGGGCCUUACCACGAUUCGAGCACCGUGCAGAAUCCGUUUUGAGAAAAAUCGUGCAGUAGAAACAUCCUCUUGCUCUUUAUCCCCUGGUUCUCUACUGGUAGCUAGAUUGUGUGUUUAAUGUCCUCCAUUGCUGUCAUAAACAUCGAUAUAUCUAGCAUAUUUUCUUCAGUGACACCAUUUGGUUUAAAUCUCAAAUAUUAUUCACAGAUA